AUGGAGCUUUCGAUCAUUCGACUUAUCAUUUCGUGGGUUUUGGGAAUUAUUUCGACCACAGCCAUUAAAUUCCAAGGAAAAUUUGAAUGGGAUACAGAAGAACAUGUGACAUUAAAAAUCAGUGACGAAGGACGCUAUAAAAGAUCACGUGGUGGCGUUACGUCGUUUCCGGAUGUCAUGGGGAUAAACUUUGACACGGCCAAUACGUCUGUCAGCCUAUCUCUGAGACGUAACUAUGGUUUAGAUGAGAACCUGCCUGUCUACGUCAUCAAAGAGAACAGCCUAGUCUUACAAACUCUUCCGCUAGUAACGGACACGGCGUUCUACCAAGACGUAAAACACGGGGCAGCUUUUACCGUCAAAUUCGAUGAAAAAACGUCAAAAGUUUUAAAUCUGUUUGGUACAUUGCGAUUAAACAAUGCCGCCUACUUUAUGGAAAGGUCAGGUGAUUUUGAAAGCGGUGACGAUUCCCACUUCCGUCUACGGAAGUACAAGGUCAUGGCCGGAAAGUUUGUGGACAUUGUGCAGAGGAAAGUUGGUCAUGGCUCGGACAGCAAGAGUGAUACAUCUGAUUUUGACAAGACUAGGAACAGUGGCAAAACAGGAACCGGAAGCGAUGCAAUUCCCAGCUCGCGCGUGAAGCGAUCCGCUGUUGAGCAAACCGUCGAGUUAAUGUUCACCACCGAUUACUCCAUUUAUAGCUAUUGGUAUAGCGACAGCAAUGCGACAUCGACCGCACAGAAGGACUUAGACGCCAAGACGAGUAUCAGGCAGUUCUACGCGCAUGCCAUUAAUGAGGUUGACGCUAUGUAUGCCAGUGUUGAUUCGUCGUCGAUUUCUAUAAACGUGGUAUUUGCAUGCCUUGUUAUUUCUGAAUCCGUUGCAACAUCUGAGUGGACUGAGACCAGAGUCAGCGGAGGAAAGGUGGACGCCAGUGACGUACUUAACAACUACACGGCUUGGGAACAACAGCUUGCGAUCUCUCCUUGCGGCUACGACCACGCCAUGUUGUUCAGCAAGUACGACUUUACAUCAACGGCCGAAGGAGUAGUGAGCAGCGCCGUUGCAGGUCUUGCGUGGUUAUCAGGCGCUUGUGACAGUCUUAAACAAUCGAUCAGUGAGGAUUCAUUCGACUAUGACAUGAAUGUAAUAGCGGCUCAUGAACUCGGACACAACCUUGGAGCUGACCAUGACGGGGACGGAAAUUCGUGCCCGGAAAACAACAAGAACAUCAUGUCGCCAUCUAUUGGUCCAGGUCCCAGUUCAGCGAGGGAUAAUCCAUGGAAAUUUUCAAGCUGUUCUGUCACAUACUUCGAAACUUACGUAACAAAACUAAAUACAGACACGAAUAACUGUCUGCUGACAUUGAGUAGCGAUCACGAUCCGACGGCCUUGACCCCGUAUGACCAGGGGAUUCCCGGUCAGGUGAUCACGGCUGACGAGCAGUGCGUGCGACUUGAAGGAGCUGGAUCACACUUAUGUAGGGAGUUUUACACUUCCGAUUAUUCUAGCAUGUGCUAUUCCAUGAAAUGUAGGAUAUCCGGUUCUACAUCAUGCAAUAUUUAUACCGCUGCUACCGGAACCACGUGUGGAAACCAAAAGUGGUGUUUCCAAAGCUCCUGUAUUGCAAACUCCUCGGCGCCAGUCGUCAGUGAUACGUGUCCCUAUGGUGACAAUCCCGGCAUUGUGUACACAGAUGGCUCCAAUACCUACACUUGUGCUACGCUGUUCCAGGCUUUCAAUAAAGGCCUUAAUUGUCCUAGCUUCCUAACGCGUUGCUGUGCGACAUGCGAGGCUGUUUAUACGUCAAUACCUG